AUGAAAGACUUUAAUUAUAAUAGUUAUUUAACUUACACCUUUAAUAGAUCAAUUGAUGAAAUGAAUAAAAUUUUAGAAAUAGAUAGAUUCCAAAAUUAUUAGAUUAAUAAGGAUUAAAAAAUAAUUAAGUAUACUAUCAAUAACUCUAAUUCUAUAAAAUUAAGUUAUUUACUUCGAUUUAUUGUAAAAUUUUCAAUAUUUUAGGAAUUGGAAUAUUUGAAAUUUUCUCUUGCAUAAAUGAUUUAAUUAGGUAUCGAUAUUUAUAAAAAGUACAUAAAUCUUAAAGAUCUCUAAAUUGAGCAUAAUUAUUUAAGUUUAGAUCGAAUAUAUUUAACAGUUCAAAAUGAAUCAUAUGCUUUUAGUAUAUUGCCUAAAUAAUUAUAAUAUUCAAUACAUUUUACAGGUUAUGACUGUCCUUUUUAUGAAUUGGAAAAUUAUGAAUCUUUUAAGAAAAACGAUGAAUAAUCAGUUAUAGAAAUUAUUACACAUAUUAUAUAGACAGCCAAAAAAUAGUUUCGAUAAAAAUAACAAAAAAUUCAGUUGAAAUACUCAGAUGGUAGUGAAAAAUCAUCAUAAAAAUUAUAAAGGCUCUAAAUUGAAGAAGGGAUCUAUUAAAAAAUAUAUAAUGAUGGAAUUUGCAGAUCGCUCGAUUAGUUCAUUCAAAAUUCUAAUCAUGUAUUUUAAUAAUUUGGGAAUUAAAAUAAUUAGCAAUAACUAUUAGAAAAUAUCGAUUUAAGAUUUGAUGAGAAAAUAUUUUGGAGAAAUCUUAGAUCAAAAAAAGUGACUGAAAAUAUUAUAAAGCUUAUAUAAACUUCUUAUUCGAAUCUGAAAUGGUUCAAAUUUGAAUAUCUUUUACUCGAAACCAUUCCACUAAUUGUAAAAGAACUUAAAUAAUCUUAUAUUUACAAAUUUUAAAAUCAAGCUCAAAUAACUAACUUUAUAAAUCUAUAAUUUGUAAUUGGAUGCCUCAAUUAAGAAGAUAUUAAUAACUUAAUAGAUCAAUCAUUUUAAAUAGCGAAAAUCAAAUACAAAUUUGAUAUGGAUAGAUAGAUUAUUUUAUAAAAAACUAUCUCAUAAGUACACAAUAGAUCAGAAUUAUUGAAUUAUUUUUUUAAUAAUGUUAAAUUUUAAAUUAAAAGUAAUGAACAGCUUGUUAAAUAAAUUGAAUCUUAAAAAUUAAAAAUAUUAAAAUAAAUAGUAGAAGAAAAUGUUAAAUAAUAAAUCGAAUUAAAUUUCAUUAAAAUGCUUGAAGAAAUAUUUUGA